UUUCCGUGUGCGCAUAAACACACACCACACACAGGCGGAGUUUACGCAUAAAAAAACGGAAGUGAAAUUUUCAGUGCUGUUCAAGAACUGUGGACAUUCAUUGUUUGGGAGCAGACUCCAACUAAUUACAUGCCAGCCAACAGCUGAUUCUCCCCCAGAAGGAAGCAUUGCCUAAUAAAGAUCAUAGAUGCCAACCACUAAAUACACAAAGUACUAAAGAUUAGAAGUUCAAUUGCCAACUGUCUGGUUUUUCUCAAUAAAGCUAGUGAUGGACAAAUUUGGGGAGAAUUCUGCUAUUCCCACCUGAAAGUCAAUUUUUGUUUCUUACUUGUUUUAUGUGACUAGAAAAAUAUGGAGAAGAAAGUGAGGCAGCUCUGUCCUAUUUCUGAUCCAGACACUACAUACUUUCUACAAAUAACUUGGUGCAAAGAUCUGGGUAUGGGUUUUGAUCUUAUACUAAGUGAUGGCCAAUCAUCUUGGAUUGGAAGAGUGUCUGAAGAAGAGAUUUCCAGAGAGGCUGCCGACAUGGAAAUGAAACAAGAAAAAUAUGUAGAAGAACUUAAAAAAGCACUGUUGUUUGACCAAGAGUUCUCAGAUACAUACCGUUUCGAUAUUUCUAAAAAAGAAAGAAAUGGAGAAUCAAUUCAUUUUUCAUAUGAAAAGAAUUUGAAAGAUGUUACUUUUCGACUUGGAUCAUUGAUAUUACAGAAAGUUACAAACUCAUCUGAAAUCAUUAGAGAGUUGAUUACCUAUUGCCUAGAUUGUGUAAAAGAACUGCAUGCCAAAAAUGAUCAUCUACAAAAAGAGAAUGAAAGGCUUCUGAGUGAUCUGGAUGACAUGCAAGACCAAUUACAAAAAUGUGUUGAAGCUAAAGAAGAACUGGAAACUGAUCUUUAUAAGCGAUUUGUCUUGGUCCUCAAUGAAAAGAAAGCAAAAAUAAGAAGUUUACAGAAACAUUUAAAAGAAGUAGAAGAAACAGUACCGGAAACUGCACAAGCAGGGGACACAGUAAUUGCUUCAAAAAGUACAGUUGAAAAAGAAAAUUAUGAAGGAAGUACUGAUGAAGAAAGUGAAAAUUUAAUACAACUGACAACAUCAGAGUCAAUCAAACCCAGAAGAGAUUCAUUACUUGGUAGUCCAGAUAUUACUGAUAUAGUUCCAAGUAGAAAAAGAAGACAACGGACUUCAAAAGAUGGAAAUACUAAACCAAAGGUUACACUACAAGAAGCCCAAACUACUUCAAAAGAAAAACUACAUUCCGCUUCAUCAAAACCGACGGAGAGGCAACUGACCUUGAAAAGGGCAGAGGAAGAGAAAAGCACAGAUGACCCUGAAGACCUGUUUGAUGAUAUCUGACUUUUCUGGAAGAAGGCUACAAUUUUACUAUAAACUGCUAAAAAUGCAGUCAAUUAUCUCUUCCAAAGAAACUGUUUUACAUGUGACAGUGGAGGGAGUUAUUUGUACUUUAAAAUAAUAUUCAACUAGUGUUUUAUCUUUUGCUAAUAAAGGUUGUACCCAUGAAUCACUUACAGUCAACACUUUCCAUUCAAGGCUUUACAAACUUCAGGAAGUUAAUCUGCCUCCAGUUGAUGUGAAUGAGAAAAGUUAAUUUAUCUUCAGAAUUAUGAAGGACAAUUACCAGACCAUCAAAAUGGCAGCAGUGAAAACUGGGAAGAAGGAUGAAAGGCUGCAACCCAUGACUUCAGGCAGAAGAGGUGUCUUAAAAUCUCUAUAGUGAUUAACAAAAAUCUCUAUGAUUAACAAAAAUAUAUUUCCUAAAUUAAGAAUAGAUACAGUGUCUCAUCCAUUAGACAAAUGUUUUCUUUCUGUUUGAUCACCGCUUUUAAAUGUCCAAAAUGAAGUCUCUUGCUGCAAAGUUAUUUUCAGGCCUUUACUCCAUUUCCUUCUUAGUAACAGUCCCUAGUGACCAUGCUUUUGAGAACAAAAGCAGUGACCCACAACUUCUACCAGCACUCUUGGAAUAUCAAAAGCAAGGGUUUCUAUGACAUUUUGGAGAUAAGGCUAUCUGUUGUGCAUUGUUUUACAUUUUGAAUUGGAGAAUUCUUAUACAUAAAUAAUAUUGCCAUAAUAGGCCAGUUUGUCCCCAGUCUUAUAUCUGGGUAUAUUGAAUUAAAACUCCCAGAACUCUCAGCCAAUGAGGGAAAUCUGCCAGUUUUAAAUCUAGGAGAUUGGGGAAAGUCUGCAUAAAACUUUGAAAAAAGCUUAUGCUAAUAGAUUAAUUAAUAGAUUAAUUAUUGAAAUGAAUUAAGAUUGAAAAUAUUCACAUUCUGUUCUCAGCUAUCAAAUAUCACUACUGAACAACUUUGGACUAGCCACCAUCUUUCAGCUAACUAAGUUCACAGGAUUGUUAUGGAUUAAAAAAAAGAACUGAUGAAAGUCUGCUAUGUGUAUUUUUUGCUCAUGAAUAAGAAAAUGGGCACAUAUGUAUGCUGUGGGGACCCUGGGAGGCACGUGACAAUAUAUACUUAACCACGUCAUGCAAAUUAUACAAUUUACAUCUUGGUUAAUAGUAUUUGUUCAGCAAUCUUUUCAAAGUCACAAUGACAUUGAAUGAGGAGAUUUAUGGCUAGUCCUUGAAAUUGUAUUGCAACAUCUCAGUAGUUACUUGAUUUUGAUUUAAGCACUUAGCAGCAACUAGUUCACAAUGAUGAGAUUUGCUUCUUGUCACUGUCAUGUGCUGGCCAUUUGAAACUUUCACUGUCAGCUUUUGACAGUCAGUGGCAAAGCUGGCAGGAGAUUGUCCGUGGCAAUCACAUGAUGCUACACCAAAUGACCAUGUGGGAUUUGCCUGAUGGUUACAACUGAAAUUUAUGAAUGAAGGCAAAUGUACAUGUUUCAUUCUGUACUCUCUCAUUCUGGUGAGAGAGAAGUUCCCUGAGAAUGGGCUCCAGCAUGAGUCCAAAAACUCAGACACUAAAUCUCCAAUUCCUGUGAGUAACCCAGAUUGGGCCCUACAAGAACUGAAAUUGCUGGAACAGCUAUUAUUAAGAUGAUAUAGUCAUGUGACAUCACACUUUGCAACCAUGUUGGUUAGCAACACAGUUUCCAAUCCCAACAGCUAAUUGAGAACUAUUUGUACUUGCCUCAGACCUCAUAGCCUAUGUAUGUAAUGGAAGCAUUUGAAUGAUGAUAUCACACCCAUGCCAUUUGAUGUCAACACAGUUUGUUACAGACAUCACUAGGAACACAGGCCAAAUUAGAAAUGUAGAAAGCCAUUAGAAGCCAGAUUGCCAUGGAGUUGAGCCUAUCUUUUAUUCUAUGAGCUUAAAUUAAAUUUAUUUUUUCAGUCUGAAGGGUAUUUUUCUGCUUGGUUUUCCCAUUACUUUUACAAAGUAUGUGAAACCCACUUUGAAAAAUUGCCUUGGCAAUUCAUAUAAACACAACCACUUGGUGUUUUGUUUGUUCAAGUAUUCUACUAUGGAAAUUAUUCUAGUGUUAAGCAUUUAUGCAAAGUACUCCUAUAAGAAGUAAUUUUAGAUCAUUUCAAUACUUUCUUAAUUACAGAAAGCUGAAUACUCAGUUCUGCAUAUAAUUCUGGUUAUGCCUACUGAACCUUAUCUUCUGUUGGAUAAAACUUUUGUGGUGGUGGUCUAUUUUUAUUUUGUAAGCCUUGAAUUUCCAUUCUCUUCUCCCCACAACUAAGCUUGUAAGAUAUUUUUCUUUCUUUUAAUAAGUCAAUUAAAAUAACAGUUUUAAGUAUUAGCUUUGUUUUAAUGGUAACCUGCAAGUAGUCCUCAAUGGAGCAAGCUAGUUUUUAAAAAUGUCUGGAAUGCUGAAAGAAGUUACUUUGAAAGAACCAUCCACGAAAAUAAAAUAUUGUCUGCAAACAAUUGUAUUGGGUUUUUUUAUAGAAAGACAAUAUAAAAAUAAUCCCUAAUUCCUACAAUUUUCCUCAAAAGAAGUGUCUUAGAACAAAAAAUAGUGUAGACAGGUAGUGAGGAAAUCAGCCAUUUGAUUAUUAUUAUUGUCUAUCUGGAGCAAGGGAAAAAGAUGAUCCUAUGAAUAUGGGGAAAAAAGAGGAAAAGGGAGCAGAUCUCCAGUUUUCUUUUAAGAGAACUGGCUUGGUCAUAUGAUUGUAAGAUGUUUCCCAGAUACCAGACAUAAUUUAAAGAAUUUUAGCUGCAAAUAAGACUUUUUAUUGUACUGCAUACAAAUGUGGUGCUCUUCUAACAACAUAAAACUCUGAGGUAUAAAAACAGCAUUAUUUAAUCAGUGAGAUUACUGUUUUGUUAUGAAAUGUAAACUCCAAUUAGUAGUAAAGAGAUAAUUACCCCAUUUCUAGAAUUCUAAUCUGGUAGAUUACAGGUCAGGGGUAAUUGGAUCCAACUAGUAGGGCACUCUAAAGUGCUGCCCAGUUUCAGGAGGAAGAGGAACUAGAAAAGCUAUAAAUCACCUUUUGUUGUAUCUUCUUAGUAGCUGUGUUAAGGAAAGUUUGCAGAGAAUGCUGUCUUACUUCGAAAUAUUUUCAAAGUUUUCCCAAAAUGGCUAUCAAUAAUGAAAUCUCAUACCAUACCAUACCAUACCAAACUAAACCAAACUAAAUAUAAAACAGCAACCAUUGAUAAAUCCAUGAACCAUAAACACCUACUAUACCAAGUAGAAAUGAGUGCAAUUAGUUUCAUACAAACCUGAUCUGAGCUAAGUGCCUUGCUUCAACCAAUGCUUGGGCAAUUGACCUGGGCACUAUAUGUGGACCUUAUAAUGUCAUUUAUGUAUGUAUAAUCUACUGCAUGUUCUCAUCUUUUCACAGAGAGGUACUGCCAGCAUAUUUGUGUAAUAAAGUCAUUUUAAAUUGUCAUAAUUACCUGAAAUAAAAGAA